CACAAAUUCGUUGGCCUAUAAAAACGGUAGGAUUGUUUCAAAAAAGUCACAGUCGUCUUGCAGCUCAUCAAGUACCGAACCAACAAUAAGUCAACCAACUGUAACAAUGAAGGUCUUCAUCGCACUCCUGUUCACGACGCUGGCCGUCGCAUCGCAGGCAUCCUAUCUGCCAUCGGCUUGGCCGUACGCCAAUGGCUUGAACUCCUGGAACAACUGGAACGGACAUGUCGGCUAUCCAUAUGCCAGUGGUCUGUCCGCAGGUUGGCCAGCGGCCUCUGUCUACGGAGGUCUGUACGGAGGACACAAGACCGUAGUCCAAGCCAACCUGGGCCAUAACGCCUACCCAUAUGCUGGAGCCUGGUCCGGUGCCGGAUGGCCAGCGACUUCCGCCUACGGUGGUCUGUAUGGAGGACUGUACGGAGGACACAAGACCGUUGUGCAGGCCAACCUUGGACAUGAGGCCGCUUAUCCGUGGGGACAGCCAUGGGGAACCUACGGAGCUGGAGUGUAUGGUGCUAGCUGGGGACAUCACGGACUUGCCCAGACUGUUGUGCCAGUGUCGAAGCAGAUUGCGGCCACUCCAGGAUCGGUCCAUGUUGCCCCAGUCCCAGUUGGUGGCGAGAAGGUCGUUGUGGUUUAAUGUAGAAAAUUAAGAAUACAAAUCAA